CAGUGCCAGUGACUAAAUGACACGCUUACUAAAAAUAGAAAGAACCGGAAUUGCCAGUCUCUCUGGAACUUCCUACUACAAAGUCUAGUAAGCCAACCGAUCAGUGCCAGUCCUGAACUCGUGGUUCCACGCGUCCAUGGUCGAAUCAGAAAAUGACCCAGGCGACAGCGCUCAGGUAAAGGCUCAUUGGCAGAUAUGCCGCCGAGGCCUCUUGAAGACUUGUCUCUCGUGUCCAUUCUGACUCUUGCUCCAAGCUACUAUGCUUCUUCGUUGCUCGUUGUAUUCGCUGCAUCUCGUUGUUUCAUCUUUCACCCGACUCGACAUACUUCAACAUUUCAGUCCCUACGAACCGUCGCCUCUGUUUCCACAACGCUCUCGAUCAUCUCCCAUGGCAGUGGUUGUUUGCACUAUGAAAUACACCAGACUGUACACCUCACCUUCGUCUAUUGUACAAACAGUCAUCGGAAAUAUGGAAAUACAUGCCCAGAAACCUGAUUCACUCCUGUCUUCUCCUAUCACUCAUAUCUGCCCAAAUCGACUCGCAGAACUUCACGUUGGAGUGGGGCACCCCCAGGCAAGGGGUGCAGGAACAGGGGCCAGGUCGGAGGUUCGAGUAGCUUAGUCAGCCCAUGUGUGCCAUUCAGGGCGCGGCAGUAGACAGAGACUCUCAUCCCAUUC